UUUGUGGUGAGCGUGACGUACGGUGUGUACGCCGCUAAUUAACAGAGCAAACCAUGACAAUACAGCAAAAUGUCAGUUUGUUUGAGUGUGGCCUUAAUAAUAUUGAGGUUUCCUUUUGGUGGUGUGGCGCGCCGCUCGCCGCUCAGACUUGACACUUGGAGAGAGGUGACCACAGGAGAGACAAAGGUAAGAAGAGAGAUAUGUGAGUGUCCAGGCCGGGUGCCCUGCUGGGCUCUGACGUGGCUCCAUCCAGCCAGCUGCCCAGAGGGUUCCUGCAGUGGAGGGGUGAGGCCCAGCAGCAGCAUGAGUGAGCAGCAGCAGUCUGCCUCAGGUGUGGGGAGGUCCAGGCAUGGUGCCAAGAAUGACCUGGAGGCAGGCAGCUCCACCCACAGAGGAGAGAGAAAGUUUGUGUGUCAGCUGUGUGAUAAAAGUUUUACAUCCAGAAAAGGACUUAGACUACACACCCUGAGACACAGUGGUGUUAGAAAUUAUGAGUGUCUGGAAUGUGGAAAGAAAUUCGCCACAAAGUCUGAUCUCACCAGACACACCCUGACACACCGUGGUGUUAGAAAUUAUGAGUGUCUGGAAUGUGGAAAGAAAUUCACUACAAAGAGUAGCCUCACCAAACACACUCUGAGACACAGUGGUGUUAGAAAUUAUGAGUGUCUGGAAUGUGGAAAGAAAUACACCACAAAGUCUGAUCUCACCACACACACCCUGACACACAGUGGUGUUAGAAAUUAUGAGUGUGAGGAGUGUGGCAAGAAAUUCUUCACCAUUUGUGCUCUCGACAGACACGCCUUCAGACACACUGGCUUGAGGGAGUUCAAGUGUGAUGUUUGUGGCAAGUGUUUCAAGACUAAGAGUGACAUUGCCCGGCAUGUGAAGAUCCACUUUUGAGGUGGUGUGUUGUGUGGACCGGUGUGGCCACACCCGUGCCUGUGGGAGUGUGUGGUGGUGGUGGUGGUGGUGGUGGUUUUUCUCUUUUCUUUCUUCUCUCGCGUUGCCUCACCCCGACCUUGGCCUGACCUUCCAGCCUUUGGUCCUCGGCACAGCCAGGUGAAGCACGCCUUCAGUGGGAACCGGUCUGUCUCCCGAGGGUGUCACCAAGGCUCUCCAUCUCCAGCAGGACGUGGCGGGGGUCAAGAUGGCAGGCAAGCAAGACGUUGGUGUGUGUUGGAUGCCUGCGUGACUCCAUGCUACGCUGGCCUGCCACACCACAGGAUACAUUGAUGAUAGUGUCACCUCAGCACACACUACACUGUUGUCAUGUGUGGCAGUGCCUGUAAGGACACCACACCCCUGUGGUCUGUUAUUGUAAGGAGUGUGUUUGUUGUAUACUGGGAUACAAGGUAGAAGGAAGCAGUGUA